ACUUCUGGUUGUCUCACUCGAUAUGCACGAAACGGUACUCUACGCUUACAAUGACUCAACUUCAUACCGCCUAUCAGUCAAUGUUUUCUUAGAUGCGACAUACGCCCGGCGAACUAUACAGUAACUUAGCAGUAUGUAACGUGCCUACUUUACGACCUAUUCUCAUACAUACCCAAAAAACAAAAAAAAUAACAUAGAAAUCAGUCGAGCCGUUUAGGGGGAAUGCGACCACAAACCCCGUGACUCAAGAUUUUUAUAUAUGAGAUAAAUAUAAUUAUAGAUUAGUGAAGUGCCAAGAUAGGAAGUUAUAGAUCUUUUACACAUAAAUGACAAGGCGUAAUUCACCGAUGUACUAGAAAAAAAUCUUUUUUGAGAAAGGGGGAGGGUUUCUUUUCAGGUUAUAAUUUCGUAAAAACGUGACCCAACAAUGGAUUUGGGAUUAUGCAAGGAUCUCAAACCAAAUCCGAGAGAGAAUGCAAACAUUUUAUCAGUUGCAACGAUUGGCCAUACAAUUCCAACGUUCCUUGUGGGACGAAAGAAAGAUUUGGAGGUGUCCGAUUUGUACCAAGCUUAUUCUGGCCAUAAAUCAAAACUGCUUGGAGACAGAAUAGAAGCCGCAUGGAGAGAAGAGGAGGCCAACGCUGUGAAAUCAAAGAGAAAACCUUCGUUGAAGCGAGUGCUGAUAAAAUUGUUUGCUUUCGAUUACAUUCAACGUGGAAUAAUGUGCUUGAUAAUUGAAUUUGGAUCGCGAUUGCUUCAGCCGUUACUCUUAGGGAAACUAAUUUCAUACUAUGCAUCAGAGGGAAAUACCAUAUCAAAAUCGGAAGCGUAUGGUUACGCGGGGGGUAUCGUAGGAUGCGCACUUUUACAGGUUAUGUUGAUGUCUCCUUAUAUGGUGACACUUCUGCACGUUGGUAUGAAAAUAAGGAUUGCUUGUUGCUCGUUGGUUUACCGAAAGGCAUUGAAGUUAAAUAAAGCAGCACUUGGUGAUACCACAAUUGGACGAAUGGUCAACUUGUUAUCGAAUGAUGUAAACAGAUUUGAUGUGGCCGUGCUCUUUGCCCAAUAUUUGGUUGUUGGACCAAUCCAAAUGCUCGCUGCAACGUAUUUUAUGUACCGAAAGGUUGGAAUUGCGGCAAUAAUAGGGGUCUGUGCACUGUUAUCGUUCGUGCCUUUACAAUUUAUACUGGCAAAACUCAUUGCAAGAUUUCGAUACAAGAUGGCAUACAAAACUGAUGAAAGGGUUCGUUUAAUGAACGAAGUUAUUUCUGGAAUACAAGUAAUCAAGAUGUACACUUGGGAAAAGCCUUUCGCCAAAUUCGUUUCCUUGGCCCGAAGGAGCGAAGUGAAGUUCAUCCGAAGUGUCUCCUACUUACGAGGAUUGAUUUACUCUUUCUUCUUGUUUGGGACGCAGUUCUCAUUGUUCAUAUCAAUCUUUGCGUAUAUAAUGUUUGGUGAGCACAUAACGGCUGAAAAAGUGUUCGUGAUGAAUGCGUUUUACAAUGUCAUUCGUUUAAAUAUGUGCAAUUUCUUUGUGCAAGCCGUUGCACAAAUCGCCGAAGCAAAUGUUUCCAUAAAACGUCUUAACGAUUUUUUAUUGAACGAUGAAAAACCAACUCAUUCGAACCAUGAAACGCAACUCGGUAACGAUUUACUUGAACACUCAAUUAGUAUUACUGACGCGGUUGCAAAAUGGGACCAGUCAAUGAGUAACAAUCUGUUCGAGAACCUCAACGUUAAGGUAAAACGCGGUUCAACUAUUGCAAUAAUUGGACCUGUUGGAAGUGGAAAAAGUAGUUUGCUGAGUUUGAUCUUGAAAGAGCUAACAUUGACUGAGGGCAAACUAGAGAUUGACGGUUGUAUAAGUUUAGCCGCGCAAGAGUCAUGGAUUUUCACAGGCACUGUUCGCCAAAACAUUUUGUUCGGCAAACCUUUCGAUAAACAACGAUACACAGACGUGGUACGGGUAUGCUCCUUAUCUCGCGACUUUAAACUCUUCGUGAACGGAGAUAAAACCAUAGUGGGGGAUCGUGGAGUGUCGCUCAGUGGUGGGCAACGUGCUCGAAUUAACUUGGCCCGAGCAAUUUACAGAGAAGCCGACAUUUAUCUGUUAGACGACCCACUUUCCGCAGUUGAUACCCACGUUGGGCGUGAAUUGUUUGACAGGUGCAUAUGGGGCUACUUAAAAGACAAGACUGUAGUCCUCGUGACACACCAAGUGCAAUUUUUGAAAGACGUUGACCAAAUUAUUAUACUUGAAAAUGGCCGAGUUAAUGCGCAGGGGACUUUUGAAGAACUUCAGCAGUCCGGUUUAGACUUUGCCAGACUUUUAACGACCGAAGGAGGGGAAAAAGGAGCAAAGGAAGAAAUUCUACCGGCCAGAGAAUUUCUAAGAUCAAACUCGAUUUCCAGUAUAAAUUCGUUUCAGGAUAUCCAUCAAUCUUUUGAAUAUCGUAGUGAGGAAACCACGAAGGGAACGGUAACUUUGGAUGUGUACAAAUCCUAUGUAACUGCUGGUGCAAACUGGUUCUUUUUGUUGUGUAUUGGCGCCCUAUUUGUAGCGGCACAAUUGACUUCCAGUUUUGGAGACGUGUUUAUAUCGCGCUGGGUCACAGUAGAAGAAAAUCGUAAUGUCAAAAAUGAAGCGGUUGAAAAUAGCUUUUGGAAUUUCUCAACCGAAACUUACAUUUACAUCUACGCUGGAAUAACAGUUACAGUUAUCAUCCUAACUCUGUCUCGGUCAGUGUCAUUUUUUACUGUUUGCAUGAGAUCUUCCGCUAAGUUACACGACAACAUGUUUAAUAGCGUUAUUUGUGGCGCAAUGAGAUUCUUUAACACAACCCCUUCUGGAAGAAUUCUCAACCGUUUUUCGAAGGAUAUGGGCGCAAUGGACGAGCUGCUGCCUAGUGCGAUGUUGGAUUUCGUUCAACUUUCGUUGAUGUGUACUGCGAUAGUUGGUGUAAUCGCAUCCGUUAAUCCCUGGCUUCUACUGCCAACCGCCGCUCUGGCUGGUAUCUUGUAUUGUAUUAGGCGUUUCUAUUUAGCGACCAGUCGCAGUAUAAAACGCUUGGAAGGUGUCACAAGAAGUCCUGUGUUCGGACAUCUAAGCGCGUCUCUACAAGGAUUGACCACAAUUCGCGCUUUUGAAGCAGAACCAAUUUUAAUCCACGAAUUCGACGGCCUUCAGGACUUGCACAGUGCUGCGUGGUACUUGUUUAUAACAACAUCGCACGCAUUUGCGUAUUGGCUAGACUGUAUCUGUGUAAUCUACAUCUGCAUAGUGACAUUUAGCUUCUUCGCCAUUGAGAACGCACUCCCUGGAGGAAAUGUUGGAUUAGCCAUUACGCAAUCUUUGGGACUAAUAGGUUUAUUCCAGUGGACAGUUCGACAAUCUGCUGAAACAGAAAAUCAAAUGACAUCCGUAGAACGCAUUUUACUCUACAAUAACGUCGAGCACGAAAAAAUAUUGAACGCACAUCCCCCAGAAGGUUGGCCAAAUAAGGGCGCAAUAAAAUUCUUUGAUGCUUUCUUAAAUUAUUUUCCUGAAGAUCCGCCCGUACUUAAGAAUUUGUCGUUCCAUGUUAAACCUCUAGAAAAAAUUGGAGUAGUGGGGCGAACGGGUGCGGGAAAAUCUUCCUUAAUUAAUGCGCUCUUUCAACUGACUGAAACAACGGGAUUGAUUACAAUCGACGGUAUCAACAUUAAAGAAAUAGAUCUGAAGGAUUUGAGAUCAAGAAUAUCGAUCAUUCCGCAAGAGCCCGUGCUUUUUUCGGGCACUAUGCGAACUAACCUAGAUCCGUUCAAUGAGUAUCCUGACGAUGCCUUGUGGAGAGCCCUUGAUGACGUCCAAUUGAAAGAAACAGUUCGCGUGCAAAGUCUCGGUUUAAACUCCGCUGUAUUAGAGGGUGGUUCUAAUUACAGUGUAGGGCAACGGCAGUUAAUCUGUUUAGCACGCGCGAUCUUGAGAAAUAACAAAAUACUGAUAUUAGACGAAGCCACUGCGAAUGUGGAUCCACAAACUGACACUGUUAUACAAACAACAAUCAGACAGAAAUUUGGCCAAUGCACUGUUUUAACCAUUGCUCAUCGGUUAAAUACAAUUAUGGACUCGGAUAAAGUAUUAGUAAUGGAUGCUGGUACCAUGGUGGAGUUUGAUCAUCCUUACAAUCUGUUGCAAAAUCCAAAGGGAGUGUUUUACGGCAUGGUUGCGGAAACGGGUACUGCUAUGGCUGAUUCACUAACCAAAUUUGCCAAAAAGAGCUACGAAGAAGCAUUAAAAGAAGAUUAACCGCUUCAAAAACUAUUGUUGAUUCUGUUCCACAUUUUUAUUUGGAAGGGUUGCUUUACAAUAGACUGUAAUGCGUUUAGAGUGUGAAAUUAGUAGGCGUGAAUUGUAUUCAAACUGGAACUGUACUAAAAUAAAGAUUUUCUGAUUUA